UUGGCUGCUGCGCACGCGAGAGGGCUCCUGGCGGGAUUGUGCCUCAGCGCUACCCGGCCCCUCGCUCAUGGCCGCCUCGCUGCGCCCCGUGCCGCCGCAGUCCGCCCCGUGCCGCCCAGCGCCCGCAGCUCCCUUGGGCCGUGACACGAGCGACGUCCUGCAGCAGAUCAUGGCCAUCACCGACCAGAGCCUGGACGAGGCUCAGGCCAGAAAGCAUGCUCUAAACUGCCAUCGGAUGAAGUCUGCCCUCUUCAGCGUGCUCUGCGAGAUCAAGGAAAAGACAGCCAUGAGCAUCCGGCAUGAGGAAGAGGAUCCUCCUGAUGCUCAGCUCCUGAGGCUGGAUAAUAUGCUGCUGGCUGAGGGUGUGUCCAGGCCAGAGAAGAGAGGACGAGGAGCAGCAGCAGGCACCACAGCAACACCAGGUGGCUGUCCAAAUGACAAUAGCAUUGAGCACUCAGACUACAGGGCCAAGCUGUCCCAGAUCCGACAGAUUUACCACUCUGAGCUAGAGAAGUAUGAACAGGCCUGUCGUGAGUUCACCACACAUGUCACCAACCUUCUUCGGGAACAGAGCAGGGUGAGGCCUGUGUCCUCCAAGGAGAUGGAGCGCAUGGUGGGCGUCAUCCACAGCAAGUUCAGCGCCAUCCAGAGGCAGCUCAAGCAGAGCACCUGCGAGGCUGUCAUGACCCUGCGCUCACGGCUCCUGGAUGCCAGGCGAAAGCGGCGGAACUUCAGCAAGCAGGCCACUGAAGUGCUGAAUGAAUAUUUCUACUCCCAUUUGAGCAACCCUUACCCCAGCGAAGAGACCAAAGAAGAACUGGCCAGGAAGGGCGGUAUCACGGUGUCCCAGGUCUCUAACUGGUUUGGCAACAAAAGAAUCCGGUACAAAAAGAACACAGGGAAGUUUCAGGAAGAGGCCACCAUGUACACUGAGAAAACAUCCACAGCCACCAGGGCCCGGGGCCCAGGGGGACAGCCCAGCCCAGGUUCCUGUGGCCCCUUUCCCCUGACCAGUGGAGGUGACAUGGUUCUCACCCUGCAGAGCCUGGCCUUCCUUCAGCCCCCACCUGGGGGAGUCUACCUCCAGCCCCCGGCCCACGGCAGCUGGCAGAGGGCCACCACUCCACAGCCAGCCUCACCACCUGCUGGAGAUUCUGGUGUGUCUGAUUAAGUUUGGAGACCCUGGUUGAGUGCCAUGAGUGACUGGCCCUGUAUCCUGCCAAUGACCUCAGAUGCCCUGGCUGUGGCGAUACCCUUGGCCUGGCUACUCACCUACCCACCUUGGCACAAUUAUUUUAACCAACAAUUUGUUGGUUUGUUGUGGAUCAUUCGUCUCAGGCUUCCUUCCAAGCCACCCCAUUAAAGUUUUUGAC